AUGCCGGGUCGACGGGAAGGAAUUGGAGCCCAUGGAUUCUGCAACAACUGCAAGGAGUACAUGUGUCCAUCAUGCAUCAAAGUCCAUGGAAAACUUACGGCCACGAAACAUCACAAUGUUCUAGGAAAACAGAAAAUGCUCACUCAUUAUCCGUCAAGAAGAAAGGCUGCAGACGUCUUAGGAUUGGAGCUUUGCAAAGACCAUCCAAAGGAAGCAAAAAAGUUCUUCUGCCCAGAACAUGAACAGUUAGGUUGCUGGGAUUGCUUAAUCCUACAUCACAGGGCCUGCAAGGUUGAUUAUAUACCGGAAGUCGCGCCUUCUUUUAUAGCGAGCAGCGAAUACAAGGAUAUCGUUGACAAUAUGGCAAAGCUUGAGGCGGGUUUUAAACAUUGUGAGAGACUACUUAAAUUCGAUGAACAGGCGGUGUUUCACAAGAUUACCGUUCAGUUGAAGAAAUUAGAAGAGUUUAGAAUCGAAAUCAAUGAAUAUCUUGACAAACGAGAAAAAGCUGUCAUCAAAUCCAUGGAAGAUAUAACGAAAAAAGACACAUACCUUAUACGGAGUUUGCAGGAAGAUACAACGGCUGCGAAAUCAACACUAGCUGGGACGAAUGAUAUACUCAAAUCUGAAAACAAGAACGCUAACCACAUCUAUGUAGCAGCCAGACAUAUUCAGAAGAUGUUUGGCGAUAUGCAAACUUUGAUAAAAAAAAAUUUCUUCACGGCUGAAUGGGCCCGGAUGCCUUACAUCCACAUCAAGACUAGGGAAGACACAAGCCGUUGCAAUAUAACAGGCUCUGCAUUGUUCCGGCCCGGUAUCAUCCUCCUUGCUGACUAUAGCAACCGAUGUGUGAAGACCUUAGACAUGACCACCGGCAAGGUGGUGGCCCGUCUGGCGCUGGACGGUACACCUUGGUACUUCUGCGUGCUACCUGGGGACAUGGUCGCCGUCACUCUACCUGGUCAAAGUUAUUCUAAGAUCCAGUUUAUCAACGCAGGGAACGGACUUAAAACUGAUAAAUGCGUUGAAGUGCCGGCAAUGUGUAGGGGAAUAGCUUACAAUAAUAAUAGGCUUUAUUUGGCAUUUUUUGACAAGUCUCCUCGAAUAGAAGUUACAACCUUGAAUGGAGAAAAAUUACAAACCAUUAACAGUACAACCGUUCAACAAGCAGUAUUUGAGUUUCCGCAUUAUGUAACAAUAACCGAUGACGAUUUCAGCACCAUUUACGUAUCAAACAGGUACAACCACACGGUGAUCAAGCUGAGUCUGCAGGGGGAACUGAUUCAAACAUUUUCGCACAAGAAACUGUGUUGUCCUCACGAUCUCGUGGACGUAGGAGGGAACCAGAUGAUCGUCUGUAGCUUUGGGAGCAACACCUUGAUGUUGAUUUCCGGGAGGGACGGAAGAAUGGAGACCAUACUGGAAGGACCCGAUGAAGAGUGGCAUCCACCAGCUGUUGCUUACUGUCCAACGCAGAAGAAGCUCCUCGUUGGGUUGAAUGAUAAUCAUGUGAAAGUUUACGAGCUGAUUUGA